AUGAUUAUGACCAAAGAGGGAGGCGACGAUAGUUUUUCAUUUCAAAAAUUUGUGUUUAUUGUGAGCCGAAAGCAGUACGUCCAAUCCCUGGAAAGCGAAGAAGUACUUUUAAUCGGAGGAGACUUCAACGGACAUGUCGAUUCCCGGAAAGACGGAUUCGAGAGUUGUCAUGGUGGAUGCGGCUAUGGAGCUCGUAACGACGAUGGGUUGCGAAACCUGGAGUAUGCUGUUGCAAGUGACUUGAUCAUUGCUAACACGCAGUAUCGGAAAAGAAAAUCGCAUUUGAUCACGUACACCAGCGGAGGUCGUGAAACACAAAUAGAUUUCUGGAUGUUACGCCGACGAGAUCGCCGACUUCUGCAGGAUUCAAAAGUCAUCCCUACAGACCAUGUCGCUGCCCAACACCAUCUGCUCGUUAUGGACUUGAAAAUCUCCCGUCCAAGGAAGAGAUAUCCAAGGACUGAAACACAGCGCAUCAAAUGGUGGAAUCUGAAGGAUCGAAAGGAGGUAUUUUUCGCGUCCAUGGCUCCAUCUACACUUCCCCACCCUACUCGUAGUGUGGCGGAAAUGUGGUUGUCUACUUCCAGUGUUAUACGCUUGACCGCAGAAAACACUCUGGGAAAGACGACUCUACGUAAGCCAAAGGUACAAAAGGCUACGUGGUUUUGGAACGAGGAAGUUCAGGCGGCAAUUCGUGAGAAGAAGUCCAAGUAUAAGCUCUGGUGGAGGACGCGUCAGCCUGAAGAUCGGGGUGCUUACCUAGCGGCGAAGAGGAAGGCUAAGAAGGCAGUCUCCAAGGCGAAGUCGGACCGCUACAAGGCUGUGUACGACAUGCUUGAUAUCAGAGAAGGCGAGCGGGCAGUGUAUCGUUUAGUUAGAGAACGUCAUCGCUCAACGUUGGAUAUGGAGCACACCAAGAUCGUUAAGGGAGCUGAUGGAGCCGUUCUGCGCCGCUCUGGUCAGAUCCUGGAGAGGUGGCGAGAGUACUACAAUCACUUGUGUAACGAAGAGUUCUGUCGUCCUCCCAUCCCAACCGUUCCCAGCGUCGAGGGUCCUGUUCUACCACUUACUGCCGUCGAAGUCAGUGCUGCCCUCGCAAAAAUGAAGUCGAACAAGGCAACCGGUCCUGAUGACAUACCUGUUGAUAUCUGGAAGCUGCUAGGAGAUCGAGGGUCCAUGUGGCUCGCAACUCUAUUUAACAAGAUCGUUGCAGAAGGACGGACUCCAGACGUUUGGCAAACUUCCGUGACCGUGCCUGUCUGGAAAGGGAAAAGAGACAUUGCUGACUGCACCUCGUACAGGCCUAUACGACUGCUCUGCCAUACGAUGAAGGUUUUUGAGCGUGCCCUGGAAGCUCGUCUGAGGAAAAUUGUUAGCGUUUCACUCAACCAGUGCGGUUUUGUGAAGGACUGCAGCACUACGGAUGCUAUCCAUGCUGUCCGAAUCCUUCUGGAGAAACAUCGAGAAAAGAACCGCAGUGUGCAUCUUGCUUUUCUCGAUCUCGAGAAAGCUUUCGACCGUGUCCCACAUGAGCUGUUAUGGAUGUCCAUGAGGUCGCAUAGAGUACCAGAAGAAUAUGUGCGGUGGACGAAGCUGCUUUAUGCGAAGCCUACCAGCGUUGUACGAUGUGCUGUUGGAACAAGCAGGCCAUUCCCUGUACGAGUAGGGGUUCAUCAGGGUUCAUCCCUCUCACCUCUGCUGUUCAUACUGUGCAUGGACACGAUAACGAAGGAAAUCCAGAAGCAGCAUCCGUGGACUCUACUCUUUGCCGACGAUGUCAUGCUCGCGUCGGAGUCUCGAGAUGAUCUUCAGAAACAAGUGCAGUCUUGGAAGGAUCAGCUGCAGCAAUAUGGAUUGCGCCUCAACACAUCAAAAACUGAGUACAUGGAGUGCGGACCAAGGGUAGAGGAUGGUUCAAUUCGUGUUGAUGGCACCGAAUUAAACAAGGUGAACUGCUUCAAGUACCUUGGAUCCAAAGUGACUUCCACAGGCGACAUUGAUCAAGAAGGGGUACUGUGCGACAAGAAAGUCCCUGUUCGACUGAAGUCGAAGAUCUACAGGACGGUUGUGCGUCCUGUUGCCCUUUACGGAUGCGAGUGCUGGCCGACUAUGAAAGCCUUGGAAAGAGUGCUGCACGCUAUGGAGAUGCGGAUGUUGAGGUGGACGAUAGGUGUAACGCUAAAAGAGAAAGUAUCGAACGACACUGUGCGCUCCAUCUUCGGUGUCGUCCCGAUAACUGAAAAGAUGAAGGAGGCGCGACUGAGAUGGUUUGGUCACGUCUUGCGGCGGGAGGAAGAUUCUGUUGCCAAAACCGCUCUGAAGCUCGACGUUUCAGGAAUGCACGUUUGUGUACGGCUGAUGCAAUGGAUAGAACCAAAUGGAAGACAAGAAGCAGAAAAGCGGACCCUGCAACAACGCGGGACAAACGCUAGGAAGAAGAAGAAGAACUUGCUUCACCUGCUUCACCUCGAUUCUGCAUAUGUGAACAGAACUGUACCACCUGUAUUCCACGACUGUCCGUACGAAUUCAUUCCUGGUCGAGACGAAAAAUAUGCGCUUUGCAAUAUCACCAACGGAGACAGUCCUUGCUUCCUACUUAAGGAACUGCACAGAGCGAAGGAGUUCCGUAUUUAUGGAUUCGCUGUCGUACCAAUUAUACUAUCCAUUCUAGCGAUGAUUUUAAACGUGACCUACUUAGCUAUUCAGUUGAAAAUUUAUUUGAAAGAAGAGGAGAGCGCUCGGAAAAGGUACCUUUUCCUCAUAAGUCGGACCUUGAGUACAAUUAUGGCUCUUCUUCUCCUCUACGUGGUUAUCAUUUGUUGGAAGGCUAGCGGCUUCUCCUACGCAAGUGUCAUGAUAUUUCUGCUUCUCGGUGGUCUCAACUUCCUUUCUAUUACAGGAACCUACAUCGCCCUGUCAAUAUUGCUUUACACAGCAAUAGUUCACCCAUUUUAUUAUCACUCAGAGUUAACAAUAAAACACUGUUAUGUGCUGAUCGCCCUUAUAUCGCUUUUCUCAACGAUAGCAUCGACUUGUGUCGGUCUCUGGGGAGCAACGCUUUUUUAUCCGGACAGCGCGCCCGUAUCCUGUACGUUCCGAGGGUGCCAGAAGCCAUUGGCCAUAUUAAUUGUGAUUGGGCUUUCAAUGUCGUAUGGGUCUGUUCUCGGCAUCUAUGCUGCGCUCAUCAUCAGACUACAAAUACGUCUGCGGCGCAGUCGAAUUUCUCUCGAUAGAACCACAAAGUCAGAUCACAACGACGAACGUCAGCUGACUCAUAUGAGGGCAAUGAAUCGACUGGGCAUGAAUAUGGUCACUUUUGCCGUCGGCUCAGUUCCUAUCCUUAUCGUGUGUAUCGUAGCGAUGGUGAACCUAAGAAGUCUAUCUUCGUUAGCUGCACGCGGAAAUAAUUCCUAUGAUAUAUCGUCAAUGUUACAUGUUGAUACAUCAAUGUUUCUGCUUCGAAUUAUAACAAAAUUUAGUGACAAAAAGCUAUCACUAUAG